GAAAAUCAUUGUGUCCAGUCAUACAAAUAAGCAAAACAGAGUGAAAAAUAUGGUGACGAAUCAAGACAAAAUAUGGGUCGUCCUGGCGGCAUUAUCACUGGCGAUAUCCGCUACGGAUUUAACAUCCGCAGCGAAAUUCCCGGUCGUCGAUUUGGUCAAUCAAUACGACCAAAAUAAUGUGAGUUUGUUAUGCAAGGCUUUUGAACAAACCAUACUGCCAGGCCAGAGAUUUUCAUUUGAAGCCCAGGAGAAAAAUGACCCUAAUGCCUAUGGUUGCACCUGCUAUAACAGUAACCCAGACAUUCUGGAGAUCAGUGCAUAUGAUCUUAAAAGAGACAAAGAGUAUCAACUCAUCCAUUGGAAGUUUAAUAGCGUUGGAGCAUAUCGUAGUUAUGAUAAUAUUCACUGGAAAUUGGAUGCAGAGUGGAAAUCUGAUUAAUUAAUUGUUUUUAUCUUCACUUUUUGUUGUUGUUGUUUGUGAUAUCAACAUUAGUAAUCGGAUUCUUCGUCAUUAUCUUUAAGCUGGUGGAAUAUAGAUAGUAUAUACGGAAUGUUUCGAUACCAGAUAAACAAAAUAAUUAGAUAUAUAUGACUAAAAUAAACAUUGAUUACAAAAAUGUGAUUAGUGAUUAGAGUAGUUGUUGAGUUUAAUCCAACACGAUAUAGUAAAUAUAUGUAUAAAUGUGUAUGAACAAGCUCAGUUUUUACGUGGAAACCCGAAAGGUAGA